GCUGCUCUUGGUAUGCAGAGACAUUGCUGCCUUUCUUUACCUGAAUCACAGACAACUGAUGCAGACUAAACAUAGACAUACAGUACAAUUGUGAAAAUGGAGUUUGCCUGUAGUCAUGUCGUCUGUAACUGGAGGCCUGAGAGUUUAGCAGAAGGUCUUUCUUCCACACUGCCCUGUGGUUUGUCCAGGCAAAAAUCUGAACAUCCUUAUGACAACCGUAUUGCUGUCAUUCCAAAACCUAUCCCUCCUUUAACACCCCCACCUGUACCUCCUCGUCGCUCAACACAGAAACAUACACGACCUGUUUCAAUGCCACCGCCAGUACCACCACGAGGACUGGAGGGUAAAGGACAGGCCAGUAUUAAAGCCAAUGUCAAUGUGGUGUUACUCAAAGUAGGGAGUCUUGUGGACAUAAACAAAGCAUCCAGUAUACAGACGAUUCAGAAACCAGUGCACUGUGGAAAAUGUAAAGCAAUCAUGUCCUCUGUGAGCAACUCACAAACCAGCCCAAAUACAUCAACCUGGACUUGUGAGUUUUGUGGUAAUAAGAACGUCCUUUCCCAGAGCGAGUUAAAAAUGGGUCGUUCUCCUCUGUGGACUCCUCCAGGCAGAGAUGUGCUCUAUGUAGACGAAGAGAUAGACACAGAUUAUGUGAACCUAGAGGACAUGCUCGUGGUCUUCUGUGUGGACAUUUCUGGUAGCAUGAGUGUCACAUCAGAGGUGUGUCCUGGUAACAGCAUGAGAUCGCCCACCUAUGUAUCACGAUUGCAGGGUGUACAAGAGGCAUUACAGUUGGCACUGUCUUCACUGCUAAAAUCAUCACCACAUCGUCGAGUAGCACUGGUCACUUUUAAUGAUGAGGUAACAGUGUACGGGGACGGUACAGGAGUUCCGCUGUGUCUGCGAGAUUGGGCUCUGGUAGAUUACGAUCAUGUAAAAGAGCAGGGCGAGAAGUACACCACACCCCACUGCAUUGCCGAGACCUUCCAGUGCCUCAACCAAAGAGUCAAAGAAUUAAGAGAGCAUGGAGCAACAGCUCUGGGCCCAGCAGCACUCAUAUCUGUUGCAAUGGCCUCUCAGUUUUCUGGAUCAAAGGUCAUAAUUUGUACUGAUGGACGGGCCAACAUAGGCCUGGGCCAACUAGAACAGGAAUCUGCAAGUUCAGUAUAUUUCUACAACCAGUUAGCCAGCCAUGCAGCAGAAAAAGGAGUGAUUGUGUCAGUGAUGACAUUUGAGGGGGAGGACUGCAGCCUGGCGGAGGUCGGAAAACUAGCUGACCAUACAGGAGGCAGGAUCAAUAGAGUCAACAUUUGUACAGUUGGAUCAGAAAUUCAAACUGCGCUGGCUGACAACAUCUUAGCAACUAAUGUAGAGGCAACGCUGCUUGCACCUAAUGGCAUAUAUUACCCUUUUGAGCAGGACAACCACAGGCUGAUUAGAGAGAUUGGAAAUGUUACAAGUGGCGUGGAGAUCACGUUCCAGUUUGCUGUCAAACCAGAAAGAGUUGAAAGUUUUCAGAGAAGAGACAGAGUUCCCUUCCAGCUGCAGCUGUCUUUCAAAACUCGGGAUUUAAAGAAAGUCACCAGAGUCAUCACUCAGCAGAAACGUGUGACCACCAGCAGUUGGGUGUGGGCAGGGAGCCUGAACAUGGCUGUGCUGGGUGUUCACUGUGCCCAGCUGUGUGCCCGACUCACCAUGGAGGGCAGGAUCCAGGAGGCCCAAAGUCAACUCAAAGCCCAGCAGGACCUCCUCAAGGACAUCAGCGAACAGAAGCCAAGUCCUAAAGAAGAGAGCAUCUAUGGAAACUGGAUCAGUACCAUGAGUAUGAUCUGUGAGGACCUGAACCCAGAUGCACAGGGCAGCGGAAGCAGCACUGACAUUUGCGCCAGGCGAGCACUUUCCACAGCUAUGUCCGAUGAAGCAGCAAAUGUGGUGUACCAGAUGAAGAGGGUGACAAGUGUGGGUCAGAAGGAGGAGAAAGCAGCUUUGUUGAGCUGAAGGUGGACUUAUUGACAGAGCAGUAGGGACUAAAGUGAAUAACAGCAAAUCAGAAGAGAGUCAGAAUGCUAUGUUUAUUAGCAGUGUUGGGCGUAAUGCAUUACAAGGUAACGCGUUAGAGCAGUUGGAUUACUUUUUUGAUGUAACGAGUAAUCUAACGCGUUAGGUCCACCAUUUAAGUACUCAGUUAUUUAGUUACUUUUUCAAAAAUUUAAUCCGUUAUUCAGAACAUUUACGUAAUCUAUGUGCCAGACAGCAGUCAUUCCCAAUCCAUUAGUUUGUGUUUGUGUGAGCUUGUCGUCCUACAUGCCCCCGAUAACCCACCCCCCUCUGUUAUUCCUGCUGUUAUACCCCUAUCUUACCUAUGCAGUUUGACUAUGCGUGGAACGACACGCAGAAAGUUAGAAACCUAAUCACAGCGCCAAAACUCGCGGUGAAUCAUGAUGAACCGUACUUACGGCCACCAAAACCGCGUACAUGACAUAGGGGUAUUAGUAGUUAACAGAUUCUGGGCCAAACUUCGCUGAGUGAUGAUGGUAGAAUAUUUAUAAAGGUCUUGACUAAAACAACAUGCAGGAGGAAUCACAAAGGAGUUUUCAUUUUCUGCAAUGGAAAAGUACUCGAACUAGUUACUUUUAUCAGAAAGUAACGCUGUAAUGUAACUGAUUCCUUUUUGAAGACAGUAAUUUUGUAAUGGAAUUAGUUACUUUAAAAAGUAACAUCCUCCAACACUGUUUAUCAGUAAUGGAAUAUUUUCUCAUACUGUGUGUUGUUGGGCAGUACUGUAGAUGCCAAUACCUGUUAACAUCACUAUCUAAAUUAUAGCAACAACACACAACUGUAUUUUAUCUAAUAGAUCUCAAACAAUGCAUUUAUUGUAUUUCUAAAUAGAAAAAUAUGUACAUGCAUAUAAACAAUGUUUUUCUCAUUACAGUAUCUGGACAAGGGUAUGAUGCAGAUAUUGCCUCAUUAUGUCUCAUUAUGGUAUCAGUUAAGAUCGUUUAAAGGUCUGUCAUAUAGUCCAGGUUUGGGCAAAUGUUUUGUUUCAGUACAGUGGUGAUUUCUAAAACAGUGGGUAUUUCAUUAUGAAUGUUUAAAUUUCAUUGUUUUAUGAAAUCAUAUUUGAAUAAAACCUCAUUGAUUAUCU